GAGGGUUUUUACGAGAUGUUAUUAUUGCUGGGCCUAUUGCUAUGGCUGCUGUGUCGUUGCUGGCUGGCUCUCUGUUUGCAGGUUUUUUUAUUAUUUUUUUCCUCUCUUUAUUUUUAUAUUUUCGCUUUCUCUUUUUUUCCCCCUCUUACUUUUUCACUCUCUCUUUCUCUCAUCUCCAUCGAAUGAAUGGGUUACAUAGAGAAUGGCAGACGCCACCCGUCAUGCCUGACCAACCACCGUAUCCAUUGAUGGAUUCAGGCUACAGUUUGCCCUCCCAUCGUGAUUUAUCGCCUUCCGAGCGCCCAGAUCUGGCAUCAUCAUCAUCGAGCUCUCGUGUUCUAUCUCAACCAGGAACGCCACAGCCGUCAGGAAAAGAUCCCUAUAGUCCUCCACCAAGACAAGCUCCAUAUCCCACUUGGAUUUCCAACCCCAAGAAGAAGCGAGCCCUGUCAUCUCAAUCGCAACAUACUGAACCUUCGCCCGUCGAAACGGAGCUUCCUCAUAAUGGCCCCAUGUUCACCACCAAGGACAGGUACGGUAACCUGUUCGCACUUGAUCAAUCUACCGUGUUUGAUCCUCGCGUGGACGCCAAAAUCGACCGAGGGUUUUUUCUAGCCGAUGAGGAUUGGACAUGCUACAGAAGAAAUUACUUUCAACUCAGUGCUACGUUUUCCAUCGAUGGCUUAGGUAGCUAUAAUGAGCAUGAAAUUCCCUGUUUGGUCGACUUCAACGGAAGAUUGCAUCGGGUCCAACAAUUCAUGCUCGGCAUCAGCUCUCACAUGUAUAAUAGUCGUGACAAGGUCAUCGAUUUGAUACAGCAUACGGCCAAACGCGAUCGUGGUCCACGCAACACGCCACCGCUGGUUCCUAUUACCGCUGGAGGCGAUUUACGGCUAAGUUCAAUCGGUACAACUCAAACCAUCGCCACGUUUGAAAGAGUUCAAUUCAAGACCGCCACCGCGAACAACGGACGAAGAAGAGCCGCCCAGCAAUACCAUAUUCUCUGUGUAGAAGUCUAUGCUCAGACCGAAGCGGGUCAGCAAAUUAAAAUAUGUGUGGCCGAAUCCGAAAGGCUUGUCGUGCGAGGUAGAAGCCCUGGUCAUUACAAUGAUCACAACGUUAGGUAUUCGACUCAAUACAGUCGUAAGCAAGCCAGUGAGGCCGCACAAACCGACUAUUCUUCGUCUUAUCCCAAACCACCCAUCCUGUCGCCUUCCGCUAUGACACCCACUACGGAUUAUGGCCCUACGUCUUAUUCUUCCUAUGGUUAUCAUGCGUACAACGGUAUAGGUGGCUCCCCCUACCAACAGCAAAAUGGCCCAUCUUAUCAUCCUGUGGUCGUGACGGAAGGUUCUCAACAACCGAUGGAUAACCGAGCUGGACCUUACCAUCAUCCUUACGAUACACAAGUGGUUCGCCCUCUCCCAUCCAAUGCACCCACGGGUGGCAACGCGCCCCCGCCUUACUAUGGUGGUAGAGAAGGAGGGGAUGACUCGCAUCCAGAUUGGCAACGAAAUCGCGCUGCAUCAGGUUCAAGUAUCUCAACUGACCACUCUGCAUACACUUAUCCUGCCUAUUCUUCCCCUCACCACUACUUACCUCGUAAUGGACAGUUCGACCUGCGGGCAGGUCAUCCCCACCAGCAACCACCACAAAUGCAAGAUUAUCCAUCCAGAGAACCUCCACCCAUGCGAUGGCAUUCUUCGCACCAUCAUGACUAUGUUCAUGAAUCUGAUCAUUAUCAAGCCCAGUCGAUGGCUCCACCGUACUCUUAUGAUGAUCGUAAAGGAAAAUCAGAACUUGCUUCUUCAUCCGCUGAUAGACAUAAGGACGUCAAUAAUUAUGACGACAAAAACGCUUCGGAACGUCAACAGCUACCAUGAUGGUUUCCGUGUGUUGUUUUUCUAUAUACUUCUUUCUCUGGCUUAAAUUUGCUUAACCAUACCUUCUUACAUCUACUUUAUAAGCGCAACUAUGUCUCUCCUUGCAUUCCUUUACCUUCCUUACUCCCCUUUUUUUUCAUUUCACGAUGACUUGUGAAACGGUUCUUUACAUACCUCUACUCUUUUUUUUUUUUUUUUUUUUUGCGAAUAACAAUUCGUACUUACAGC